AUGGAUAAGACAUACGAUGAAGAGUUGGAUCAAUGGUUGAGACAAUUGAAGGCCAACACAUCCGAUGAGGAGUACAUUCGUCUCAACUAUAAGACACUGAUUGAGACGAUUGUGGACAGAGUGGUGACCAUCGAUGUGACCACCAAUGGACAGCUGUUUGAACACAUAUUACACCAAUUGAUGAUCACUUUGGACUACAAUCGCAGACAUCCAUCGCCGCAAAGAAGUCACUGUUUGAUCGGAUCCGUCGACCGACUCCUCACAUCCCAAGUGUUCAUCGCAUGUGAUUCACAGCUCUUGUCCACCGAUGGACUCAACGGACAAAACCUUUUGAUGAAAAGCGUUAAAUGUCUUCUGAAAGACAGCGAUUGCCAUAACUAUAGCAACGAAUCCAUUGUUAGGAUCACUGAUAAACUGCUGAAGAGUUUGGACGCCAUUAGAGAGCGAUUGUCUGGUGUGGAUGUGAACAACCAUUCAGUGAUUGCUUUGAAUCACUUAAUCCUUAACACAAUUCGUUGUAUUUAUAUAUUAAUCAAUAAUUUCAAGUUUAAUGUAUUGUCACUCGAUUUGAACCAAUUCUGUGGCCAACUCUUGGGUCAACUCAAGUGCUUCUCCUUCUAUGGUAUACCCGGUUAUGAUGUGUCGAAAGUCAAGAGUUCAGCCCUUUUUCCCUCACCUUUCGCUCAGUUUAAUGAUCUGAUGGACAACGGAUCCAAUGAAAGGAGUGGUUCCGUGAAUAAGAAGAACAGACAUAAGAAGAAGAAUAAGAAUGUCAUUAAAAAUGAAGACUUGGACGACGAUAGCGAUUGCGUGACUCUUCGCAAAGAGUCCUCUAAUGUCAAAGUCAUGACAUCUGACUCGGAGUUCUCGUCCUCUGAUUACGACUCCAUCCAAGCCUUUGAUGGCUUACGGAUCCAGAGAUCAAUUGCCACCAAAAUACGGCUCAUAUCUUACGAAAGCCUCUCAACGGCUGUCAAUCUGUUCGACAAAAGAGUGAUAUUUGGCUUUUGGUCGUCAUUUCUGCAGACAUCGACUCCCGGGUCACUGCUUUGGUUCAUAACACGCGAGACAUCAUUCAAAGUGCGGUUAUCAGCGCUUAAUUUCCUACACAAACUCCUAACGACUGGCAAUCCAUAUGUCAUGACUUUGGCCGACGAGACGUCCAGUAAAUCCAAACAAUUAUCGUUCACAACAUUGUCUCAAUCAUUGGCACAGAUUGUGGCCGAAGUCCACAACGGAAUGAAUUCAAUACUCUUUACGGAAACGAAUUCAAUUGUUUUGGUUCAGGCGUUCAAAUGUCUAUCACUUUUGGUGACUAUCAGUCCCUACAAGAAACUUAAGACUGGAUUAUUAGUCAGUUUGUGUGACAAAUCAUUGCCUCUAUUGACGCAUAAAGACAUUCAAAUACAGAACUCGUGUCUGGCGUUGGCGGUGAAGGUCUUCGAAUUGGAUCCCUUUCCCGAUGAGAUGAAGGCGUGGAUUGAGACAAAUGAUGGCAUUAAAGCGAUUAAUAAAAUAAUUAGAUUUUCUUGCGAUUCAAUAUUGAGUUCGCAGUCAAUACUACUUUGUGGCGAAUCCUUAAGACUUUUAACAACUAUAUUGAAGCAAAAACCGAUUAUUGAUUCACUUCUCAGUCGCAAAGAAGUGAACUUAAGUCUCGAUCUACUCAUGAGUCUGUCGCUCGAAUGUCUUGAGAUGAAUAUCUUUAUAACAAAUCUCGUCAAUCAAAGUCUUUUCUGUAAAUUUCUGUUUGUUUUGGGAACUAAUCUCAAGAGAACCGGUGCUUCCGAUACUCAGAACCAGAGAAGUUGGUGGACAUCUGUGUUGAAGUCAAAACUAAUAGACUUAGGCCUCAAUGCGAUCGAUAGGGUUUACACAACUAAAACACUUUCGCAGAGAUUCAAGCGUUUGAACGAAGAGUGCAAAGAGAAUGUGAUUCCCAUCUCGAAAGGCAUUGUCAAAGUGGACACUAAAGAGGAGACACUCGAGAAGGACAGUAUGGAUGUGUCGGAGGACAGUGAGGAUAAAGAGGACGAGUCCGUCAAUGAGGAGAAGCGCCAGAAGUUAUUGCAAGUGGUGGCCAAACGGUUCAAAAAGCGUCGCCAACAGAUCCAACUCACAUCAGAGCCUAAGAUAUUUCGCUCGUAUGGACACCAACACAGACAUUCAAAGCAAAGUGAUCCAGAUAUGAGUUGGAAGUCCAAAAGUACUGCCAAACUGGAGCUCGACUUAGAUAUCGAUAUCUAUAUGAGCGGUGAUAGUGUCCAGUCCUCUGAUAUAAAAAGUGAAUGA